UCAGCCGAACGUUUUCUUGAUUUUUUUUUUCUUCACUGCUAAUAAUACGGAAACUGUUGUGAUCCUUUUUUGUGAUUCUAUUUUUGUCUUCUUUUCUGGAUCAUAAAUUUGCAUGAUUCUUGAGAGUUUUUUUUAAAGGAUUACAACAAACCGGAUUGGACAUUUUGUGCUAAAGGGGUCUCCCCUAAUAAUUGGGCGUAUAUGAUUAGCUUGAAAUAGAACCUACACUACGUAGAACUACUAUUCAGUGUUAAUGAUGGACUUUAUGUGCAGUAACGAAGUGUGAAGGUUACAAAGCAAUUGAAGGUCCAUUUAUUUUAAACCGCUGUUACGGUCAAUGGAAGAACAACAUUAUUGUUUUGAAAAGCCGUUCACCAAAGUGUCUCAGACUUGUUUCCAGGAAAAACUGACACUUCUCCAAGAAAUCGUUCGUCGAAACAACGUCAUAUAGUGGAUUUUAGCUGAUUAUUUCGCUCGCUUCUACAUGUAAAGUCACACUAUGUAUUACAAGGAUGGAAAGCCUUCGAAUGAGAUUAUUUUGGUUUUAGCUAAAGACAUUCUUAUGAUAUGGAAGAAGGUUGGCAGAGCACUCAAGCUAGAAGAAACUGAUCUGGAGGAGAUAGAUCUUGAUUUUACCGGUGUUUAUGAAAAAUCAUACCAAAUGUUGAGAAGAUGGACUGAAAGUCAGGGAUCUGAUGCAACAUAUGAAGUACUUGCUAGAACACUUCUACAUCCAACAGUCAAUCGCUGUGACCUUGUAAUAAGGUUUUGCAUUACAGAGAAAGGAACUACUGUAAAAGAAGUUACAACUGGUAUUCAUCAUUUAUCUGUAGAUGAAGACGACAUCAUGCCUCAAUCAGUAAAGCCAAUCAUGAUUUUGCCUGGAAAACCAUUCCAUAAGACAUAUGAGCGUGAAAAGGAAUUGAAAAUCUUGGAUGAAAUGUAUACCAGUCUUGACACUGAAGGUUGUAAUGAUGAUGUGGUAAUGGUCUAUAUAACUGGUCCUCCGGGGUCAGGAAAAAGCCAGUUAUCACGAUUAUAUGGAAAUUGGUAUGGUCAGCGAGAGAGCAGCAAUGAAUCAUGCUCAACCAUUGUGGUCACACUGCAUGCAGAAACACCUGAAUCGCUGUUGGAGUCCUACAAACGACUAGCAAGAGCAAUGAACAUCAAGUUGAAGGAUACAGCCAAAUAUGAUGAGAUAUGGCAGCAACUCAACGCUUACGCACUAGUUGUCAAAAGAGUUUUGAGAAAUAGCAAAUACUACAGUUUUAAGUGGCUUUUUAUCAUCGAUAACAUAGUAACUUCAAAUCCUCUCAGAGAAUUUUGGCUGUCGCCUGGUUACGGAUGGGGMAGAGGGCGUGUCCUUGUCACUACACAAGAUUCUGAACUUGCCCCAUGUGCGCAUGAGCAAACAAAUACCUUAUCCCUGAGCCAAGGAAUGGACAAAGAAGAUGCCAUCAGUUUCUUGUGUUUGAUAUCUGAAUUAGACCGAGACAAGUUUACCAGCGAAGUUGCAGACAUGCUUAACUAUUAUCCUCUCUCCCUUGCUUGCGCAGCGGUUUUCGUUCGAGACAUGCGCAAAGAAAGACCUGCUGCCAACUUUUCUUGGGAUAACUGCCUCUCUAAUCUCAAGAAAUAUCAUGAUCGUUUGGAGUACUCCGAGUUUACUGAGCAUAAUAUUUGUUAUCCACGCUCUAUGCUGACUGCAGCCUUUUGUUCUGCCAGUCGCAUGGCUGAAAGUAGUUCAGUUCUGAAGUCUGCUUUCGAAUUUUUGUCGUUAUGUACUCUUCAGCCAGUGCCGCUGGAUCUUUUAAAAGAGGCAAUCCUUUCUUCCAAGCAACAACAAGAUCUUAUUCCUGACUUGGUGAAAAAGGAAAUUGCAAGGUGUUCCUUGUUAAUCUAUCCUCAGAAUGGAGCCCGCGGUAUCGAAGUGAUAACCAUGCAUCAAGUCAUGCGCACUGUGUUUGUUCAGCUGCGUAUGGAAUCUUGUAAAGUUGCUAUGGAAACGGUGGAGCCUGGAACGACCAUAGAACUACUCGAUCAUCAACGCUUUGAAAAUUUCUUGAGAAUUAUUUGUAACUACUACCACAGGUUCCGUAGCACUGACUAUCAAGCAAUCUCAAUAAGAAUUCUUCUGAGCCCUCACCUCCAAGCAUGCAUCGAUACGGCACAAAAGCAUGCAGACGAAGUGUUUAUUGAUGCGUCUGUUUGUCUGGCCGACAGUCUCAUUCAUACAAUAGGAGGCACAGACUACCAUCGAGUUCAAAUCCUUGAACUCGCCCAUGAGGUGCAGAAAAGUCUUGGGCUUAAAACUUUUUGUGCUUGUCGAUUGUUGACGGAUCUUGGCUACACUUACCGAGAAGCAGGGAAACUAGACAAGGUGAUUCCUGUGCUGGAAGAGGCAAUUACAGUCGUAGAACAAUUUCAAGGUAUUUACAUUUUAUAGCAUUUAGAGCGCCGAUAGAUUAUGCUACUUUUUUCCUUUUCAGGUUCUUCGUCCAUCCGUAUUUAAUAGGUAUUAUUUCGUACCUAAG